AUGGAGACGGCGCAGAGCAAGGAGGAGCAAUGGGAGGGGAAGGUCACCGCGAGGCUGCUGGAGACGGGGGCCCAUCAGGCGUGGCAGCUUCUGAGCGACUUCUGCAACUUCCACAGGCUGCUACCCUCUCUGGACGCCUGCUACAGGGUUGCCGGAGAGGAGGGGCGGCCGGGUUGCCUCCGCCGCUGCGAGGCCGCCUCCGGCAGGAACACCGACGGCAGCGCCACCACCUGGGCCACGGAAGAGCUCCUCUCCGUCGACCACCAGGCCCUCAUCUUCACCUACCGGGUGGUGGACAGCAACAUGGGAUUCGGCAGGUUCAUCGCCGAGAUGAAGGUCUUCCCGGAAACCACCACCGCCGCCGCCGCCGCUGAAGGCUGCCGGAUCGAGUGGUCCUUCGUGGCGGAUCCCCUGAAAGGCCGGCGCCUCGCGCGGCUCAUCCUGUUCCUCGAUGGUAGCCUGAAGAUGAUCGCCAGGAGCAUCGAAUCUAAGCAGAAGGGGGGGAACCUCUGA